AAUUCAGAUUGUCGACUGGGUUUCAAAGCAACAGUUAGAAAUAGCUGUUGGCCAUCGGGUAGUGGUAAAGUCGUUCUCUGGUUCAAAAGCGAUGAAGAUUAUCUUAAACCGAACUUGGAGCUUUCGCAAGAUCAAGUCAUUUUGUACGUCGGCACUAACGACCUCGAGCAGAAAAAAACGAUAGCAAGUUGCCGACUCGAUCGUAGAUCUUGCUGAACAGAUUGAAAACUCCGUCUUAUUCAGCAUCGAAAUAUCUCUGAGAAGGGAUUAAAUUAA